UUUCAGGGCGAUGCAGCAACACACCCUACACACCUCUACUCUCACCUCAUCCUUCUUCCACUUUCUAUGUCUUGUGAUUUCGAAAGCAUUUCGCUGAAUACGGAUAUCGGGGGAGUAGGAGUGCGGAUCUCUUAUUACAUGCAGACUUUGAUCCUUGGGUUCCUCGUCUUGCGCUCGGAGGAUCCUAAUCAAGUCAAGGGGUCGAUGGAAACAUUAAUGUUCACGAACGUCGCCAUAGCGUUUACUGGGCUCGGGCUGGGAAUGCAUGAGCCUGCGCAGAUGGGCCUGCAAGACGCGAUUGUCACGCUCUAUCUGUUCUUUUUGUCAUCUGCCGCUGUCAUCUUUGCCCUCUCCCGGCCGAUGAUCGUCAAGAAGCCAAAGGAGGCGCCAGUGUUUAACGCCGCCAUCCUUGUCCAUACCGCCAUCAUCCUCGCCUUUGUCUUCUCCGUCCUCAUCACCGCACCUAUUUUUGGGAACAAUGUGCAGUGCAACACGUCGGCAUCUGCCGUGAUGUUCCGACCGUUUCCAUUCCUUCAGACCGGCCGCAUCAUCUCGUUCAUCAUCACGGGCGUUUCUGCAGUCUUAUUUAUUGGGAUGAUCAUACGUGACUAUACGAACAUUUCGCAGAUAGUGAAACGGGCGGGCAAGCGUCUGCCGGGGGAGAAUCCCGUGUCCGCGGAAGAACGGCAUCCAAUGACGACCCCCCCGCGCAGUAUGUCUCAGUCGAAGAUCCGCCCACCCCGGCACACUGCAGGGGAGGUUGGGAUACCUCGUCCUGGGCGUCCUUCCAGCUACGACGACAAAAACCCUUAUGCGUUGCCAGUCGAUUGGAAUCUGCUGAUUAGACUGAUUGCGCUCUCCAUGUUAUGGCUCGUCGGCGUCCUGAAUAUCGAACUCUUGAUCAGGUUCAAUUUUCCCUCGACGACUGCUCAGGCUGCGUGGCAAUUCGGCCAGAUUCUAGCCAUACUUUUGGUCAUCAUACCUCUUCGCGAUUUGAUCAGAGCCUUCAAGGAACAUGGAAUCCGUCCAAAGAGAACUGAGAACGUGACUGUUGCGUCUCGCGUAUAAUGGAGAGGAUAGAUUACUGACUGAAGAGGCAUUGUAUUUACAUAUGUCAUGCAUCACUGAGUGAACG